AUGAAGCCGUCGGCAAUGGUGCGGGUGGUGUCUUCUUCCACGGUGAAGCCGCCGCCGCGGCCACGCCACAGCAUCCCGCUCACCUCCUGGGACGUUGCCAUGCUCUCCACCGACUACAUCCAGAAGGGCCUCCUCUUCCAUAAGCCCCCUUCGCCGUCCACGUUCCAGCUCGUCGACCAUCUCGCCGCCGCACUCGGCGACGUGCUCGGUGACUACUAUCCCGUCGCUGGACGUUUCGUUACCGAAAAGCACCAUGACGAGCUCGGUAACGUCGUGGGGUACUCGGUGUCCAUCGACUGCGACGGCCAGGGCGUCAAGAUCGUCCACGCCGUCGCAGACGGCGUGUACAUCGCCGACGUGAUUCCUCCCGACGCGGACGUGCCGCGCGUCGUCCAGUCAUUCUUCCCGCUCGGCGACGCCGUCGGCUUCGACGGCCACGAGCUCCCCCUCUUCGUCGUCCAGGUCACCGAGCUCGCCGACGGCGUGUUCGUCGGAUUCGUCUGCAAUCACGCGCUGGCCGACGGUACCGCCUUGUGGGAUUUCCUCAACGCCUGGGCCGAGACCGCACGCGCCAGGCUUAAUAAUCUUGUGACCCUGGAAGGAGAAGCCCCUCGCCCGCUGACAUCGCGCCGGGCGCCCUUGCUGGAGCGUUGGUCGGCCGACGGCGGCCCGGCGUCGCCGAUCGUGCUAGCAUGCGCCGACCUGCCCGAAUUGAUCGAGCGGUCGGAGCCACCGCCGCUGCGCACGCGCAUGCUGCACUUCUCGGCGGAGUCGCUGGCGUUGCUCAAGGAGCGGGCCCGGCAAGAGCUCAUGGCCGCCGGCGACACGGCGGGCGCCGCCGCUCUGACGCGGUUCCAGGCUCUGAGCUCGCUGGCGUGGCGUUGCAUCACCCGCGCGCGGCGCCCGGCCCCCGAGCAAGAGACGACGUGCCGCGCGGCCAUCAACAACCGCGCUCGGCUCCGACCGGCGCUGCCGGCAGAGUACUUUGGCAACAGCAUCGACGCCGUGAGCACGGAAGCGCCGGUGCGCGCGUCGACGCUGCUCGAACGCGGUCGGCACGGGUGGGCAGCGGCGGCCGUGGGACGCGCGGUGGCGGCGCACGACGACGAGGCCAUCAGGGCGCGCGUGGCGGCGUGGAUGGCAGAGCCGGUGGUGUACACGAUGCGGUGGUACGACCCGCACGGGACGAUGGUGGGGAGCUCGCCGCGGUUCGACAUGUACGGAUGCGACUUCGGGUGGGGGAGGCCGGUGGCGGUGCGAAGCGGCAAGGCGAACAAGGUCGACGGCAGGAUGUCGCUGUACCCUGGCCGAGAUGGCAGGGGCAGCGUGGACGCGGAGGUGUCGCUGACGCCGGAGCACAUGGCAGCGCUCGAGCAGGACGAGGAGUUCUGGGCAGCCGUCACCAGUGCUCCUGCCACGUGGAGAUCUCCUGUGCCGUUGGUUUUCUCAAUCGGUCCAUCCAUCUGUCUGUAUGGUUUUCAGUAUGAAGAUAGUAUGCGGCUGUAUAGCAGCAGCCACUCUCCUGAGACUGAUGUGUGCUGA